GAAGGGCAGUCGAUAAUAAUCAACAUGGCGACUUGCUGAACUGCCACGCUGCUGUACACACGGGAUCCAAACAAGAGCAAAUAAUAAAAUCAAAUUGUCCCCCAGUCGAAAAUAAAUCUUGCGGAAACAUGUCUGGGCGACACAAUAACAAGCUACCAACGAACCUGCCACAACUGCAGAAUCUCAUUAAAAGAGAUCCUGCUUCAUACACAGAAGAGUUCUUGCAACAGUAUCGACACUACCAGUCAAAUGUUCAGAUCUUCAAACAUCAACCAGAUAAACCUAACAAGGAAUUGUCGGAGCUGGUGAUGUUCCUUGCUCAGAUUGGUCACUGCUACAAAGAACAGCUGGCCAAUUUCCCCCAAGAGUUGGCAGAGCUACUUUUAAAUCACCACACAGUCUUGGAAACCGACCUGCGAAUGACAUUUUGCAAAGCCUUGAUCUUGCUCAGGAACAAGGACUUGAUCAACCCCACGAGUCUCCUGGAGCUGUUCUUUGAGUUGCUGCGCUGUCAUGAUAAACUUCUGAGAAAGACAUUGUACACUCACAUUGUGACUGACAUCAAGAACAUCAAUGCCAAACACAAGAACAACAAAUUGAACACAACUCUACAGAACUUCAUGUACACAAUGCUGAGAGACAGUAACCCCAUUGCUGCCAAAAUCUCCCUGGAUGUGAUGGCUGAGCUCUACAAAAGAAAUAUAUGGAAUGAUGCAAAAACUGUUAACGUCAUCACAACAGCCUGUUUCUCCAAAGUCACCAAGAUCUUAGUUGGGGGACUGAAGUUCUUUUUGGGUAAAGAUGAAGAUGAGAAGAAGGACAGUGAUUCAGAAUCAGAGAAUGAGGGACCAACGUCAAGAGAUAUCAGGAUGAAGUACCAAACAGGAAAGAAGACUUCCAAAAACAAGAAGAAAAUGGAGAAGGCCAUGAAGGUUCUCAAGAAACAUAAAAAGAAAAAGCAAGUUGAAGUCUUCAAUUUCUCAGCUAUCCACCUCAUCCAUGACUCCCAAGAUUUUUCAGAAAAACUGUUUAAGCAGCUGGAGACGUCCAAUGAACGAUUUGAGGUGAAGAUCAUGAUGAUGGAGCUGAUCUCCAGACUAGUAGGAAUCCACGAGCUGCUUCUCCUGAAUUAUUACCCGUUUCUUCAGCGUUUUCUCCAGCCACACCAGAGAGAGGUGACAAAGAUCUUGUUGUGUGCAGCCCAGUCCUCCCACCAGCUGGUGCCUCCCGAGGUCAUUGAAUCAGUGGUAAUGACCAUCGCCAACAACUUUGUCUCAGAUCGGAAUUCAGGCGAAGUCAUGACCGUGGGAAUUAAUGCCAUCCGUGAGGUGGUGGCCCGCUGUCCUCUGGCCAUGAAUGAGGAUCUUCUACAGGAUCUCACUAUGUACAAGUCACACAAAGACAAGAACGUGAUCAUGUCGGCUCGGGGACUGAUUCAACUCUUCAGAAGCCUGAAUCCAGACAUGCUUCACAGGAAAGAUCGGGGUAAACCCACGGAGGCUUCCGCAGAGGCGAAGAUCCAGAGUUAUGGAGAGCUGGGGGCCAAGGACUAUAUUCCUGGUGCUGAGGUUCUGGACGAGGAGCCAGAGAAGGAGGAAGGGGAUGGGGAUGAUGGCUGGGAAAGUGCCAGUGAUGUCGAUGACGAUGAAGAUGGAGAAUGGGUGGAUGUCCAUCAUUCAUCUGAUGAAGGACAAGCUGAAAUGGCGGAGAAGCUCCAGAACAUUCCCCCAGAAGAGCGCAAGGCCAAAGCGGUGGCCAUGAGCACCAGCCGGCUCCUGACGCAGGAGGACUUCAAGAAGAUCCGCCUGGCCCAGAUCGCCAAGGACAUCAGCGCCGCUCCGCCUACCAAAGGACAGAAGAGGACGAACGUGGAGAUUGAGGAUAGUGAUGAAGAGGGCGGUGGAGAGCUGCUGUCAUUGAGAACCAUUGAGCGCCUGCAUAAGAAACCCAAGUCGGACAAGGAAACACGACUGGCUACUGCAAUGGCUGGCCGAACGGACAGGAAGGAGUUUGUGAAGAAGAAGAACAAGCUGAAUCCCUACGCCAGCACGAGUAACAAGGAGAAGAAGAAGCAUAAGAACUUCAUGAUGAUGAGGCACAGCCAGAAAGUCCGCACCAAGGGCAAGCGCUCCUUCAGAGACAAACAGAUUGCCCUGAGAGACUCCCUGCUGAAGAAACGGAAAAAUUACAAGAUGGGCUUAUAAGGCCCCUUGCAUCAAGCUGAACGUCCUCAUCUUCUACAUCUCUGUUGCUUGUUUCAAAGUUGAUUUAUCUGUACAGAUCUGACAGUGUCAUUAAAUCAUUUUAUUGAUAAUUUCAUUGAAUGAUAUUGAUUUAUUGAAUUGCCUAUUUUGGAUAUUCUGUGCUUCCAUUGCUAAAAAACUUUGUCAAGUGUUUGUUUAUUUACACUAGCAGCACCAUCACGUGGUAUGCACCAAGCUUCAUUUUAUCCAAAAUAUCUAUUGUUUACUCUAUAUUCUCUAGAACAGUGGAAUUUAGUGACGUAGAAAUUUCGUGUUGACUGUGAUGGAUGUCAGCCCGGUUAUUGACAUCGAAUCUAUCCUACAGUCCACGGUUUAUCUACACGUGUUGACAUGACGCAAGGAGUUGGGCAGGAAACGUGCAAGUAUACUGGUGCAGCGCUUUAUCGGAGACACAAAUAUGACUCCUCAUUCAAUCCAAACACUUACAA